AGUAGCGCGGGAGGCAGCGAAGCUGAGCAAUAAGAGGGACCUCAAAUGAAAGAGGAGCGCACCUCGGACCGGCUCCUCUCCAGUUUUGCGCCGAGUCUGUCCGCCGAUCUACCGGACGGUGCGAUUCGAAGCCAUGGAAGAAAAGUCCAAUUCGUUCGCUGGCAGCAAGGACGAAAAAGCGGAUGGGAAUAAUGCGUUUCAGAGGCAGGACUCGAUGCAGAAGAAUAACAUGGGGAGCCAGAACAUGAAAGAUCACGCCAACUCCGUGGGUUUUAAGAUGGAUAGGGACGAAGCCAUGGUCGGUCUCGAUGAUAUGGAUGGGGGGUCCAGGCAGUACGGCUUCAUACAGCGGCAGUUCGGGGCGAUGAUGCAGCCGGGGGUCAAUAAGUUCUCCUUACGAAUGUUCGGCAGCCAGAAAGCUGUGGAAAAGGAGCAGGAGAGAGUGCAAUCGGCCGGAUACUGGAUCAUCCACCCAUACAGCGAUUUUAGGUUUUACUGGGACUUGAUCAUGCUUAUUAUGAUGAUGGGAAACCUGAUAAUUAUUCCUGUGGGAAUAACCUUCUUCACGGAGCAAACCUCCACGACCUGGAUGAUAUUCAACGUGGCCUCAGACACCAUCUUUUUGGUAGACCUAGUCAUGAACUUCAGAACGGGGAUCGUCAUCGAGGAGAGCUCAGAGAUCAUCCUCGACCCCAAGGUCAUCAAGAGGAACUACCUGAAAAGCUGGUUUGUGGUGGACUUCCUGUCCUCCAUACCCGUGGAUUACAUCUUCUUGAUUGUAGAGAAGGGCUUCGACUCGGAGGUCUACAAGACGGCGCGCGCCCUGCGCAUCGUCCGGUUCACAAAGAUCCUCAGUCUGCUCCGGCUGCUUCGGCUCUCCCGCCUCAUCAGGUACAUCCACCAAUGGGAGGAGAUCUUCCACAUGACCUAUGACCUGGCCAGCGCAGUGGUAAGAAUCUUUAAUCUGAUUGGUAUGAUGCUGCUGCUCUGCCACUGGGACGGCUGUCUGCAGUUCCUGGUGCCCCUUCUCCAGGACUUCCCGCCAGACUGCUGGGUGUCCCUAAAUGGUAUGGUUAACGACUCCUGGGGUAAGCAGUAUUCCUACGCUCUCUUCAAAGCCAUGAGCCACAUGCUGUGCAUCGGCUACGGCGCCCGCUCGCCUGUCAGCAUGUCGGACGUCUGGGUCACCAUGCUCAGCAUGAUUGUGGGCGCCACCUGCUACGCCAUGUUUGUGGGCCACGCCACCGCGCUCAUCCAGUCACUGGACUCCUCCCGCCGGCAGUACCAAGAGAAGUAUAAGCAAGUGGAGCAGUACAUGUCCUUCCACAAGCUGCCUGCCGACAUGCGGCAGAAGAUCCACGACUACUACGAGCACCGCUACCAGGGCAAGAUCUUCGAUGAGGACAGCAUUUUGAACGAGCUGAACGACCCACUGAAAGAGGAGAUCGUGAACUUUAACUGCCGCAAACUGGUGGCCACCAUGCCCCUGUUCGCAAACGCCGACCCCAACUUUGUGACGGGAAUGCUGAGCAAGCUGAAGUUCGAGGUCUUCCAGCCGAACGACUACAUCAUCCGUGAGGGAACGGUGGGAAAGAAGAUGUACUUCAUCCAGCACGGGGUGGCCAGCGUCAUCGCCAAGAUGAGCAAAGAGAUGAAACUCACCGAUGGCUCCUAUUUCGGAGAGAUCUGCCUGCUGACCAAGGGCAGGCGCACGGCCAGCGUCCGCGCCGACACCUACUGCCGCCUGUACUCGCUGUCUGUGGACCACUUCAACGAGGUGCUGGAGGAGUACCCCAUGAUGAGGCGAGCCUUCGAGACGGUGGCCAUCGACCGGCUCGAUCGCAUCGGUAAAAAGAACUCCUUACUGCUGCAGAAGUUCCAAAAGGACCUGAAUGCGGGGGUGUUCAACACGCAGGAGAAUGAGAUCCUGAAGCAGAUAAUCCGGCAGGACCGAGAGAUGGUGAUGAUGGUGGACCGCAAGUAUUCGGCCACAGGGGCCGCCUCCACGCCCCUCUCGGGCACCUCUGUGGCACACUCUCCGGCCCAGGCCCCGCUCUCAGUCGUGCUGGCCGGGGCUCAGCUGCAGCAGUGCGCACCUUCCCGGCUCUCGUCCUCAGCCCAGACCGGCUCGGCCUGCCCCUCGCCGGCACUGCAGAUGCCCCUUCCACAGGGAGCAGCCGCGUCCCCGUGUGCCUUCAUGCCGGGGGUGGGGGGCAGCCCGUCCGUGCCGAGCCCCUUGGCUGGCCGGACGUUCCAAUACGGCUCGCCCACGGCCUCCCAGAUCUCCCUGCUCCAGCAGCCGCAGCCUGGGCCGCCCAGUGGGGUCUCUCCUCACAGAAGUAUACAGGCACUGCCUCUGGCAUCCCUAGGAGCGGACGCCCGCCUGCUGUCCGCCUCCCAGCCCGCACUGCCCCACGAGGUCCUCACGGCCGGGAUCAGGCUGCCCAUCACCCCAGGGGAGCCUAUGGGGGUCCGUGCGGCCGUCCCCCAGCGGGUCAUGCGGCAAAUGUCAUCCGGAGCCCUGCCGCCCGUCCACAUACCCCCCGUGACCCCCACCCCCCUGCACAGGAGGGAGUCCACAGGCCCAGGUGCCAUGGAGACCGAGCAAGACAAGCUGCACUUCGCCUCCAACUUAUGA